UUUUAUUAAAUUUCAUGUGUUUUGAGGUUGAGCGCUCGAUCUGAAGGCACGUUACAAUAGUGGUAACUAUUACUUACUUUUGUUUAUGAGUUUUGGAGCUGGAGCGUUGUUUUCAAUGUUUGUGAACAAAGGGUUGGCAGAUAUUUAGAUGGUGAUAUCGCAUGAAUUCCUUGACCAUGGAAGUGGAGCGGGGGAAAAGCCUCCUCGACGAGUUGGCAAAUUCAGUUGAUAGCAUGAAAUCGGUGUUUUCCACAAGCAAGUCAGCUCUUACUGAUGACCACACAGCGCUGCAAACGUUCUGCUUGGCCCUGGAGACCGCUCUUCGUCAUGGUCAGAAAGAGCGUUCCUCACUGUUCGGUGGCAAUAAAGACUAUUGGCAGUACUUCAAGGCUGGCCUGGCGGACAGUCGCACCUUCUUUGAUAUCUUGCAGUCUGUGCACAACCAGCCAGAUGUAAAGACACCAGUUGGACAAGGCCGGGCUUUCCUUCGCUUGUGCUUGGCGGACGGUUGUCUGGCAGAUGCUGUGCAGCUUUGCACCAGUGGCAAUCCUAAACUGACAAAUGAGAGUUACAAACCAGAAGCCAUUCUAAGAAAUGAACUGCUGGUGUCUCGUUUCCUGGACAUUGCCUACAGUCUGAGCGAAAUCCAGUUCACGCUAGGCAUAUCUGGCUUGAACUUGGAUCAGGCAUGGCCGACCUUUGCAAAGAAAGUAUUUGUUGGACAAAGUCCUCCGCGAACAUCUCGCUCAAGCAAGCCGCGUAAAGCCAAGGCUGCCAUGAUAGCUGAUUCUGGCUCUGAGAAUGAUGAACCGCUGAAUGAUUCGCCAGGCAGUGGCUUUAUCCCACGCCAACGCCAGGGCUCCCGGGCAGCUGACAGCCAAGACUCGCCAUUAGCACGGCGGUCGUCUGCAUCAGGUCCAUCCUCUGGCAUGACGUCAGCAACUACACCAGCAGAAAUCAGUUCACCAGUAGUAGCAGCUACAACGCCAGCGUCACAGCCUGCAGCUGACACAGUAGAGCCAGCAACUGCUACUCCACCCGGUGACCAUGCAUUGUCUUCCUCAGCUAUAGCACCUGCAGCUCUUGUGUCUAAUACAGCUGAUGAAGGAAGCCAACCUAGCCAGGCAUCUCAGCAUGUAGUGACCGAUGAUGUUGCUAUUACAUCAUCCAGUGCUGGGAAGCAGGUGGUGGAUGGUGGUGAUGAUGUAACUGAGCGCGCUGCUAGUUGCCAUUUGUUGUCACACACUGACCGUGAGAAGCUCAUUCCAUUGCUCACGUCAUGGCUUGUGCAACCUGGUUCUAUGUCACAGAGUCAUGCUGGAAAUAACGAGCUGGAGGUGCUUCGUGCUUCCGUUGUGGACUGCCGAAAGAAGCUGGUCGAUGAAGUAACAGAACGGUAUGAGGCGAAAACUUCAGAACUGUCUGCGGAGAGUGAUCGGCUAUCACAACGUUGUUCCGAGCAAGCAUCUGAGCUGGAAGCAGCAAAACAUCAACUCGGCAGCCUACAUGAAACUAUUGACGAGCUCAAGAGAUCACACCAAGCAGAAGUCGAAAGGCUGUCCGAAAAGCACAGUCAAGCUGAACUGCAGUAUGGAGAGUCUUUGCGGGCAGUGGAGACAGAUCUAGCAGAUGUACGUACUAGCUUGAGAGCCAGUGAAGCUACAAGUCAGCAAUUAGCAGAGGAGAAGGAAUCUUUUCAUGAACAAGCAAAAAAGUAUGAUACAUUCCAAAUGGAGAUGGACACGCUACAACUGCAGGUUCGCUCUCACUCGAAUGAAGCAGAUCGCUAUAAGCAGGAACUCACAUCACUCCGGGAGGCCAGCAAGCGCGAGGCAGAGGAAUGGCGUGACCGGAUGGCCAGUACCGAACGACACCAUCAACAGCAGCUAUCUGCUGCUCAACAGCGUAGCCGAGACCUGACUGAACAGCUGCAUCGCUUGUCUACUCAGCUAACGAGCAUGACAUCAGCUGAGACCAGUGACAAUGAAGGAGCUGAUGUAUCCCACGAGACACUGCGGAAAUCAUCUGCGUCUUCUCGACCAGGGUCCUUUUCUGAUGAUCACCAGGACCUGAUGGGCAAAAUCCAGUUUCAGCUAAGCGCCCAGACAAUGCAGCUCAAACAUGCAAACCAGGAGUUAAAUAGCAAGAAGCAGGAAGUGGAGACUCUGCAGUUCGAGCUGCUGCAAGUCAAGCAGAGACAGGACGUGAUGGAGGCUGCUGUACGUGAUGCGGCUGAUAGCAAGGAAUCGCUGCUGAGGGAGACUACAUCCUUGUCCGACCAGGUGUGCGUACUAACUGACGCGUCGAAUACUCUGAAAUCUGAGAUCACGUCGCUAGAGAAUCAGCUCGUUUCAUCCAACAAGGACCGUGAUAUGGAACGCGUCACCAACCUGAAACUCAACACGCAGGUGGAACAGAUGCAGUCAGCUAUCAAGGCUGUGGAAGCAGAGAAUGAUGCGCUCGGCCAACAGGCUGAUAGCACCAGGGACCAGCUGUUGCAGGUUACAAGACAAAAAGCCACUCUGAUGAAUCGGCAAGCAACGCUGGAGGAGGAGUUAUCCACCAUGGGCAAGAAACAGUGGAUUGAGGAUGACCAGGUGCAAGCUUGUAUGUAUUGUGCUGCUCCAUUUACGCUCUUCAACAGACGACAUCAUUGUCGUAGCUGUGGAGGAGUGUUCUGUACAACUUGCUGUGAUAAGACGUACCAGCUACCUGCAAGCAACAAACCAUCACGCGUGUGCAUUCCUUGCUACGAGCGUCUCACGAGCACCAAGCUGAAUCUUCGUAGUGAUAUUCCGUCCCCGGAGAACUUUGUGGUUGUAAGCGGCGACAAGGCCAGUCCUGGCCACCAACCACCGGUCACUGAGCGGCGUGGCUCUGAUGAGCGCCUAGCACGCCACACAGCAGGAGGACAGAUAGUCUUGGGUGAUUCUGGUGAUGAGAUGGAGGGUCAAGAUACACAUCCCAAGAAUGGAGCCAUUGCAGAAAACAUGCCCGAGACUAGUACUGUUGCUGUCUCUACCUGUAACUUAGCGACAGCGUCUUCUGGAAAUGUUGCUUUAGCGGCAGCAGCAGUAGCGGAGACCGGUGAGGAGGCUGUGUUCAGUUCCUCUUUGCCACGUUCCACCAUCACCUCUCAGUCAUUUCGACGCCAGGCAUCCUUGGCAGCCUUGAAGUGCACUGACCAGGCAGAUGCAGACUCUGAUAUAGCCUACACUUCACACAUGUCCAAGUCCUCACAGUCGCUGCAAAGCCGCAGAACGUCGAAAUCAGGCACUCCAACGAGGAAACCAGAACUUCAGGUCCUUGAGAUGAUUGAGCUACCAAUCAAGGCAGGAUGCUACCAUACGAUUCCGGUUUUGAUUGAACAGCCUGGCUCGCGUAUCUCUUGGCAGUUUCAGACCGAUCCAAAGGGAAUCGCGUUCGGAAUAGCAUUCGCUGCCAGCGAAGUCGGGGACGACACAGCGGCAACUACAUUAGUCCCUCUGCGCCGCACUGGCUCACAUAAACAAAUGGUGAAUGGCGAUUGGGUGGCCCGCUCCACUGGAAUUUACACCUUGCAGUUUGACAAUACUUCUUCAACGAUGACACCAUGUCGUAUAUCUUACCGGGUUGUGAUCACACCAGCUGACUGAGAGAUAGAGCUAGUGGUACGCAACUUCUCUUGCGUUUAUCUUUGUUCAAGAAUUAUUUUGCAGGCGGAGAUUCUAUCGUUCUUGGAACGUGUAUAGUAAGUUUAGCAAAGCAUUGGGUUUCCCUUUGCCUUCAGGCAUGUCCCACCGCCAUUGGUUUCUCUAUGCUUCCAGGCGUGUUUCACCACUAUUGGUUUUUCUAUGCUUCCAGGCGUGUUCCACCAUCAUUGAUUUCUAUACUUUGCCAUAGCUGUACCUGUGUGAUCUCAUAGCACUCUCUCUCUCUAUCCUGGUUUGACAUAGCUGUACCUGUGUGAUCUCAUAGCACUCUCUCUCUCUCUCUGUACCUGUGUGAUCUCAUAGCACUCUCUCUCUCUGUAGCUGUGUGAUCUCAUAGCACUCUCUCUCUCUCUGUACCUGUGUGAUCUCAUAGCACUCUCUCUCUAUCCUGGUUUGACAGUACUGUUUCAUUUACAUUUUUAUGGCUGUGCUGCCUCCAAUCAUUCCACUGCUGUGCUAUUAUUGUUUGCUAUGUGCAUGUAUCACUGGUCGUGUCGGUGGAUGUUGCUGCUGGUCUAGUCUUUGCUGGAGACAUUUCUUGCUAUCUGUGGUAUGACACUCUUUGCACCAAUAUUUUUAAUUUAUCUUGCCAUCUCUUUUUUAAUAUGCGGCUCUGCAUCAUCUCUUUUUGUAUCAUUCAGCUCCGCAGUGCAUCAUCUCUUUUUGUAUUCUGCGGCUCCGCAGUUCAUCAUUUCUUUUUGUAUUCUGCGGCUCCGCAGUGCAUCAUCUCUUUUUGUAUUCUGCGGCUCCGCAGUGCAUCAAGGAACAGUACGACUGACAGUAGUACACUGUACUACAGUUGCUUCUUCUCACACAAGUAUCAAAUUCC